ACCCUUCGUCCCGAAGCCCGAAGCCCUUCUCACUUCAGCACCAUGGGUAUCGAUCCAAAUACUGCAUAUUUCCUCGUGAAUGAUUCUUUCAACCCGCCCAAGGUUGUACAGGUUGAUAGGGCAAACGCAAGCAACAUCAUUCUUGCCGAUCAGGACUGGAGUAAUGGAUCCGGAGAGUUCAUGUUCAUCGAGAAACGUGGUUCUUCCUAUCUUUUCAAUUUUGCGAAGGAUGGCCAAUACCUGUCUUCAACUAGUAGUGGAACAAUCACGACGAAAUGGCUCGCGGUUGGAAUGGUAGCAACUCCUCCAACCAAAGACGAGAAGUUUGAAAUUUCUAUAAUAUCAGACAACGGAUUUGAGCUAUCUGUCCGGAUCAAAAGCCGAUCAAACAGAAACUAUCUCGAGGCUAAGAACACGGGCACGGACUUAUUGAUGAACUCUACUCAGCAAGCUCGUGGGAUAUGA